AUGAAGAACAGCAACGAUCGGCCAGAAGUCUCUCGCCCAUUGAACUACCCGAUCAGGACUCAAAUUCUCCCUCAAAAGCUACGGAUUCUCGCCCCCCGAGAAACAAGAGGUCCGAGGCGAAGGCCAUCGACGAUCGAUGAGAGUGAUGAAGAAAUGGAACACCCAGAGCGAAGGGAGACACUACCGAGAAUUCCGACGGGGAAUCGGAAGCCGUUUCCGGCCAAACAAACGAGUGUAUCGGGUAUAGACGAUAUCGUGCGAAAGCCGGAUGAUCGAAGAAAAUCGGUCCCGAUCCCGCGGGCUUCUUCAUUACCUCGACGACCAAGCCAAGUCGCUGGCAGGCCAGUUACCGUGCCCUCGGCCACAACUUCGAUAACUACAAAGAGUAGCAGCUCUGGGGCCCGUAUCUACAAUGAACAGAGAGAAGAGCUCUUGCAAGAACUCGAGGGUCAACUGGAAUUUUUAAACACCGAGUUGCAAGAUCGGGAUCGACGGAUAGCACAGCUGAAGGGAAAGCUGCGUCAGAUUGAUGAAAAACAGAGCGGAAGGAAUGUAAAAGAGCAACAGCUGAAGGAGGAGAUCAGGAGGAUUACGGACGAGCUGAUGGACUGUCGAAAACACGGCCAGGCGAUGGAGUUAAAAAUGGCCAGUGAAAAAGCGCUGGUUGACAAGGCA